UCCCAACUCAUCUCUGGAGCGAGGGUAGCUAUCAAAAUAUAUUUCACGGUUAAAUGUCACUGCUCUCAUCUGAUCUGAGUGGUUCGCGUUUGGUAGCAUUUGGUUGCAUCGACGUACGGCGUCGAGGUGCACCAUGUUGCGUUCGGCUCUGUGUACUCAAAGUCUUCGGAGGAAUUUCUUUCCUUUGGUACCAAGUAAUACCACCAAAAACAUUAAUGGUAGUUUCACUGACAUCAAAGGCUAUGCAACAGAGGAAAAAGUGUCGGUCAAACCAUACAGUCCUUUUCAAAAUACCUCAAACAAGGUGGAGUAUGCCCUGGCCCGCAUGGACGAUUUAUUAAAUUGGGGUCGUAAAGGUUCAUUAUGGCCCUUGACGUUUGGUCUGGCCUGCUGUGCCGUAGAAAUGAUGCACAUCGCCGCUCCUCGGUACGACAUGGACCGAUUCGGAGUCGUAUUCCGAGCUUCUCCAAGGCAGGCAGAUGUCAUUAUCGUAGCAGGCACAUUGACAAAUAAAAUGGCACCUGCCUUAAGAAAAGUGUACGAUCAGAUGCCAGACCCAAGAUGGGUGAUAUCGAUGGGUAGUUGUGCAAAUGGAGGUGGAUAUUACCAUUAUAGUUAUUCCGUUGUCCGUGGUUGCGACAGGAUCAUACCCGUGGACAUUUACGUACCUGGUUGUCCCCCGACAGCGGAAGCUCUGCUGUACGGUAUCUUACAGCUACAAAAGAAAGUGAAGCGUAUGCAAACGACUCAAGUGUGGUAUCGAAAGUAGAUAAAUGUAUAUUUAAAUAGCAUUAAAUGCCGUUAACUAAACGAG